UCCUCACCGUGCCCUAUUCCUCUCUAAUCGUCGAAUCCUUCCUCACCUUAUCUCGUCGCCGCCCCGAUUCUUCCUCCUCUCUCACGCCGUGUUUACUCUCUGCUCUUCUUCUUCUCCUCAUCUUCUCCAACCGGUGCCCCUUUCUCUUCUUCCGCGUCAUCUUCCCUCCUCUGCCGUCGUCUCCUCGUCGCGGAGGUCCUCACCACGCCGAUUGUCACUAGAGCACCGCCGACAGCAGUCUUUCUCUCCGCGAGCCUCACCAACACCAAGCUCUCUGGGCUAUCAGGCGGCCCGAUCCUCUUCUACUUUUCCCCUUGCGUCUCUGCCCUAGAUGCAGCCGACGUCAUCGCAUCCGACCACAGUACCUGCAAUUUUGGGCGGCUAGCGUCGCCGCCAUCUCUUUCACCGGCUGCCACUUCUUCCUCUUCCAUCUGCCACCAUCGGAGAGCUGAGUACACAGGAGAGUAGGGUUGUUCUUCCGCGUAUCAGCAGUUGCGAGGGGUUACCACGCGUUGCCCCCUUCAAUUGUGCCGUGGCCAUCCGGUCAGCCACAAGGAGAUCCAUUGCUGCGGUGACCCCAUUUGUGCUUGGAUUUGUGCCACUGUCGUGUAUCUGUGAAUUCUGAGGCGGUGAGGGUUGUUGGACAGAUUUACCAUCGUCGAAAGAGCCACAAACUGCUGAUAAGGAGCGAUUUGAUGCAGACAGAGAGUUGGGCGUACAAUUCUCACCGAUCUACCUGAUGCUUCAACUCUUGUCAUGGGAGCCCUAUCGUCGAAGUUGAGGGACACUAGCCACCGUUCGCGUGAGUACGUUUCCACGACAACUCCGAGCACUUCGAGGUACUCGGCAUACCCAGAGAGUCAUGAGAAGCCCCAAGCAAGAGAAAGGUUGAAGAUGAAGUAUUCAAGAAUAGGCGAUGAUUACAACUCUCUUGAACAGGUUACUGAAGAUCUUUCAAAUGCUGGUCUUGAAUCUUCUAAUCUGAUAGUCGGAAUUGAUUUUACAAAGAGCAAUGAGUGGGCAGGUAAGGUUUCUUUCAAUCGCCGAAGUUUGCAUGACAUGGAUUGUUCUCCAAACCCUUAUGAACAAGCAAUAUCUGUCAUUGGGAGGACACUUUCUGCAUUUGAUGAGGAUAACCUUAUUCCUUGCUUUGGAUUUGGAGACGCAACUACUCAUGAUCAGGAGGUGUUCAGUUUUUUCCCAAACAACCGCCCGUGUAAUGGUUUCGAGGAAGCACUUGAAAGAUAUAGAGAAAUAGUUCCACAUCUUAGGCUAGCCGGCCCAACAUCUUUUGCUCCAAUAAUUGAAACAGCGAUAAGCAUUGUAGAUCAAACUGGUGGCCAGUAUCACGUUCUCCUCAUUAUAGCAGAUGGCCAGGUAACAAGUGGGGUUGGCAAGAAUAGUGGCAAGUUAAGCUCACAAGAGAGAGAUACUAUAAAUGCUAUUGUUAAAGCUAGUGAUUAUCCACUCUCUAUUGUUCUUGUUGGAGUUGGUGAUGGUCCCUGGGACAUGAUGCAACAGUUUGAUGAUAACAUACCUUCUCGAUCAUUUGAUAAUUUCCAGUUUGUAAAUUCUACUGAAAUCAUGUCAAAAAACAUAGCCAACAAUAAAAAGGAGGCAGAGUUUGCUCUAUCCGCUUUGAUGGAAAUUCCUUCACAAUAUAAGGCCACAUUGGAUCUCCAACUUUUGGGCAAACGCAGAGGAAUUCCGAGAAGGAAAUGCCUUCCACCUCCAAUUAAGGGUCGCGGUCCAACCUCAAAGCGCCCACAGUCGAGCAUUUCUGAUCCUUCCCCUGGAGUUGAUAAAAGUAAUGCUGUGGUUUCUUCAGCUUCUGCUGUCAACGAUAAAAAGAUCUGUGGCGUAUGCUCCAACCAGACCAAGAACCUAGCUUUCGGGUGCGGGCAUCAGGUUUGUUACGACUGCGGAAACGACAUGAAGCUUUGCCCAAUUUGCUCGAGUCCUAUAAAUACAAGGAUUAGACUUUAUUAAUGUUCAGAAAGUGUUUUGCUUAAGGAAUGCUUUAAACCAAAUUGUCCUUUGCUUUGCUUCUGCUGUUGCCUGAUGAUUUGGGUGCAAGCAGAAGCAAAGCACUAAAUCCUGCUUUAAACCCAAUUUUAAGAGUUUGUCUAAAGUUCUGGGGGUGUAAAUCUGGCUUGUUCUUGUAUUUGCAAAACACUAAAACUUAUAUUAUGAUUUCAGUUGUGCACAACUCUGAACACUGUGCUCCUGAUUUUAAUUAGAAGAUAUUAACACAGUUCGUCUGAACAUUUUUCCGUCUGAA